UAGAUCGAAACGCUGUCUAGUUAGUCGAAGAAGUUGCUCGCAUGUGCCAACUUCCUUUUUAAUCGCCUAACGCAACUAUUUUUGUGCAAACGCUUUGGAUAAUAUUUGAAGGAAAAAGGGGGGGAAAAAAAACGCAAAUAUGAAAACCACCGUCGUCUUUCUUCUCUGCAUAAUAUAUUGUGCGCUGGUUCGCGCAGACAUGAUAGAUCAAUGUUCGGAAAAAGCAGGCUUCAGUCUUUCCGAUCUGAAAAGCAUAUACGAAGGUAAGGGCGAGGAAGAAAUAAAGAAGCUUGGAUGUUUCGAAGCCUGUAUCUUCCAAAAGCUUGAUAUGAUGAACGGUAAUACUCUGAACGUGGAAAAACUUGAGUCUCGAGUGAAAGAACUGACACCCGAUGACUUUACAGGGGAUGUACACGAAAUUAUCGAGCAGUGUGUUAACCAAGCUGCAGACGACGACGAAUGCAUGGUUGCCCGAAAAUAUUCCGAUUGCGUUAUAGAACAAAUAGACUUUCUUCGUUCUAAAAUAUUACAAGAAUUAAAUGAAAAUUAAAUAACUCGAUGAUUCGAUUAUUCUCUUAAUUCGAUCGAAAUUGUAUGACGUAUUUAAAUUAGUUGGUAGAAAUAAAACGAAAUAAAACGAAAA